GGGGGGCCGCGCGCCCCCGGGGGAGGCGGGCCCUGAUUGGUCGGGGCGCCGCGCGGCGGCGGCCGGGACCGUUGGAGCGCGGCGGCGGCUGAGGCGGCCCGGCCGCCCCGGGAGCGCCGGGAGCCCCGGCAGCGGCUCAGGUCGUUUAAAUGUCUGAAGAAGGACGUAAGCCCAGGAAAGUGGAAGUUGCCCUGAGAGACUUCUCAGUGUGAUUCAGAAUGAUUGAGGAGAGUGGGAAGAGGAGGAGGACCAUGGCAGAGAAGAGGCAGCUGUUCAUGGAAAUGAGAGCCCAGAACUUUGACGUGAUCCGGCUCUCCACGUACAGAACCGCCUGCAAGCUGCGCUUCGUGCAGAAGAGGUGCAACCUGCACCUCGUUGAUAUCUGGAAUAUGAUUGAAGCCUUCCGAGAUAACGGCCUUAACACUCUGGAUCACAGCACAGAGAUCAACGUGUCCCGCCUGGAAACCAUCAUCUCCUCCAUCUACUACCAGCUGAACAAGCGCCUGCCCUCCACCCACCAGAUCAGCGUGGAGCAGUCCAUCAGCCUGCUGCUCAACUUCAUCAUUGCAGCCUACGACAGCGAGGGCCACGGGAAGCUGACGGUGUUCUCGGUCAAAGCCAUGCUGGCCACCAUGUGUGGGGGCAAGAUCCUGGACAAGCUCAGAUACAUUUUCUCUCAGCUCUCAGAUUCCAACGGGCUGAUGAUUUUCAGCAAGUUCGAUCAGUUCCUGAGGGAGGUGCUGAAGCUGCCCACGGCCGUGUUCGAGGGGCCCUCCUUCGGCUACACCGAGCACGCGCUGCGCACCUGCUUCCCACAGCAGAAGAAGGUGAUGCUGAACAUGUUCCUGGACACGCUGAUGGCCGACCCUCCCCCCCAGUGCCUUGUGUGGCUGCCCCUCAUGCACAGACUGGCCCACGUUGAAAAUGUCUUCCACCCCGUGGAGUGCUCGUACUGCCACUGUGAGAGCAUGAUGGGCUUCCGGUACCGCUGCCAGCAGUGCCACAACUACCAGCUGUGCCAGAGCUGCUUCUGGAGGGGCCACGCCAGCGGCCCCCACAGCAACCAGCACCAGAUGAAGGAGCACUCCUCGUGGAAAUCCCCGGCCAAGAAGCUGAGCCACGCCAUCAGCAAGUCCCUGGGCUGUGUGCCCAGCAGGGACCCGCCACGCCCGCUCUUCCCCGAGCAGCCUGAGAGGCCCCUGGACCUGGCACACAUCGUCCCCCCCAGGCCCGUGAGUAACAUGAACGAGGCCAUGGUGACCCACGUGUCCUCCGGAGCGCCCACGCCGACCAAAAGGUGCCAGCACAGCAGCCCCGAGCCCUCCCGCGAGGAGCACGCCCUGAUUGCCACCCUCGUGAGCCGCCUGCGCCGCGGGGCACGUGCCCUGGACAGCCCGGGCCGCCUGGACGAGGAGCAUCGCCUCAUCGCCCGCUACGCCGCGCGCCUGGCGGCCGAGGCCGGGAACGCCCCCCGCCCGCCGGCAGACCUGGCCUUCAGCUUCGAUGCCAACAGGCAGCAGAGGCAGCUGAUCGCCGAGCUGGAGAACAAGAACAGGGAGAUCCUGCAGGAGAUCCAGCGGCUGCGGCUGGAGCACGAGCAGGCGUCGCAGCCCACGCCCGAGAAGGCGCAGCAGAACCCCACGCUGCUGGCCGAGCUGCGGCUGCUCCAGCAGAGGAAGGAUGAGCUGGAGCAGAGGAUGUCAGCACUGCAGGAGAGCAGAAGAGAGCUGAUGGUGCAGCUGGAGGGGCUGAUGAAGCUGCUCAAAGAAGAAGAGCAAAAGCAGGCAGCGCAGGCGGGCUCGGCGCAGCCCUCGCCCACGCACGGCCCCGCGGCGCGCCCGGCCUCGGCCGGCUCCACGCCCACGCACGGGGCCCAGGACGCGCUGCCGGGGCUCGGCGGGGACCUGCAGGAGCCCUUCACACACGGUACGAGGAGGAACCUCCGCAAUGACCUGCUGGUGGCGGCGGACUCCAUCACCAACACCGUGUCCUCGCUGGUGAAGGAGCUGCACUCGGCAGAGGAAGAAGACGAGGAAGAAACAGAGAAGCUGCAGAAUGGGAAGGAGCGAGGUUAGGAGGGGCCGCAGGCUGGACAGCAACUCAGGCUCAGAGGUUGUGCCCGAGGGACGUCUCCCCCCUCGGGCAGGGGCGGUUCCAGCCCAUCCAUCACCAUCGUGCGACCGUGCCCGAUCUCCACCGCCGCAGCCCCGGACACCGAGGCCUCUGCUCCGCUCUCCUCUCCACGGGCACUGCCCUCAGGCCAUUGCAUGCACCCUCCGUGUGUGACCACACCGUGCCCACACCGUGCCCAGCCGGCCAGGGAGGCCCAAAGAACACACACCCCUGCCAGGACCCUGCUGGCGGCUGUGCCCGCUCUGCGCUGCUCCGUGCCAGGCUCCCCCGGGACGGUGCCACCGCCGCGCCCCGGCUGGUCCCCGCUCCUGCCUUCUGUCCCUCCCUGUGCAUGGAACACGGGGGGACCCUCCGGGCCCUCCUGCCGGGACUCAGCCUCUAAAGCCCACCCGGAGCCGGCUGUGGGGCCACGUCCCCCCGGGGUGCACCCAUGGGUGCCGUGGUGGGCCCUGGCAUUCCCAGCCCAGGAACCCUUCCCGUCCCGAGCAGGGAGUGGGAGCAGCAUCGGCACCGGGGGUGGGCUCCGUGCUGGUGGGAGUGAGGGAAAUACGGGAAUGGGGUCUGGCAGCUCCCCCGACCACGCUGGGCUCCAUCGCUCCCCAAACGCGGGCCGCUGUCCCGGCCGGGGGGCGCUUCCAGCGCUUCCCCCGCGCUGCUCAGGAGUGUGGAAGGGGCCGAGGGCCCCGGCGCGUCCGGGAACAUCUCCGGAGAGCCGGGGGAAAGGAGCAGGAGCCCCCGAGCACCCCCGGCCCGGCCCCCGCCCCGCCCGCCCCGCGGGGCAGCCACAAUAAAGAGCCCG